AUGACCCCUGUAAUGCAUGCAUCGUCCAAAGGUCACAAUGAUACUGUAAAGCUCUUAAUAGUGCGUCAAGCUAACAUUUACAAUGAAGAUAUCAAUGGUUGGACCUGUCUAUCACACGCUGCUAAUAAUGGCCAUAAUACGACCGUACAACUCUGGCUGGACAAUAAUGUGGACAUUAACAAAAACCAUAAAGAUGUAGGGAAUGCUUUAAUGCUUGCCGCUUCAAGAGGAUAUUCUACAACUGUAAAACUGUUGCUUGACAACAACGCAGAUGCUGAAGUAAAAGACAAUAUAGGAUGGAUCGCUCUUGCUAAUGUUAAAGAUGUGGAUAAAGACAAAAUGACUGCUAUAAUGCAUGGCGUGGCAAAAAGACAUGUAGGAAUUUUAAAAGUGCUAAUAAACAAUGGAGCCGAUGUAAACGCCAAAGACCGGGAAAAUCCAUCCCAAGGCCGUACUAAAAUGGUUAAACUACUUCUUCAGUUUAAAGCUCCAGUUAAUGGUGUAUAUGUGGGUUCUAAACAUCCUUUAAUGUGUGCAGUUGAAAAUAGGCAUAUUGAAAUUGUACAAUUGCUACUCCAGCAUGGUGCAGAUCUUAACUUAGGAGAUAAAGAGGGGCUAAACCCGUUAGCUUUAGCAGUUUCUAAAGGAUUUAGUGACAUUGUUCAAGUGUUACUUGACUAUAUAGUUUCAAGUAACAAUGCUGACGAAAGAAGGUUCAGUCCCUUGAUCUAUGCAUUAAACGCUGAAGAAAAAGAACGAGUAACGGCCGCAAUAAGUACAGGUGAUUCUCAUCAGAAAAACGCUCACGGUAAAUGUGCUUUAAAGAUAGCACUAUCCGAUGGUAAUAAGGAAGUCUUCAGAUUGCUACAAAAAUACAGAGACGACGAUCACUGUAGCGAAUGUUGUAGCAUAACUGAUGAAGAUAUUUAUAAUAUCCAGGAAGUUUCUACGAUAGAUGACUUGCCAGAAGAAAUAAAAAAAGGGUUAUUUCGGAAUCUGAGAUUAGUCGCCUUUCAACAGCUCUCAGUGAUCACUGGGAAUGUGUAA